UUAUCCGAGUUGGACGCACACAGGAUUUCCUGGAUUUCCUGCGAAAUAUGGAAACCCACGUUUAUGACAAAAAGAAGAUUUAAGUUUGCGGGAAGAUUUCGAUUUCAGAUCAAAAAAAUUCCCUAAAAUAACAACAGCCAACCCUGGUUGACGGUCAACCCAGUUCUCCUCUUACUGUCAUCUACUUCAUGGAUCCAUAUUCCUCCUCCAGGCAUUCAGUUCCAAGUGCCAACGGCAACAGCGACGACCGUUCUUCAAAUUCGCCUUCAGACGACGGCACCAAUGGCUAUCCAGUCACCAACGACGUGAUCAAAGCGCCGGACAACGAUUUAGACGACGACGCGAUUGGUUCCUCCUUGACCUCACAGACCCUCAACGCCGAUGGAACUCCAAAAAGGCCAAUGAACGCUUUCAUGAUCUUCGCGCGCCGCCGCCGGCCUCAAGUUUCCUCAGAGAACACCUCCAUGCGCACAGGAGAAAUCAGCAAAAUCCUCAGUAGAGAGUGGAAUGCAAUGCCUCCAUCCGAGAAACAAUUCUAUCUCGAUCAGGCCAAGCAACUCAAAGACACGUUCAACUCAAAAUACCCUGACUAUGUAUAUCGUCGUCGUCCUAAUAAUUCGCGAAAACGGCGCAGAACAGAACACUCCAUCAGUCAUAGUUCCGUCCCGCCAGGUCAUAGCAAUGGUUCUAUCGACCCGGGAGAUGGUUUGCACGGUCCUGAUCUCGGAGAUUCGUCGCCUUCAGAGGGCGGUCAUGGAGUACAUGGUCAUGGUCAUGUCGAUGGUCCCAAUUCGGCCUCUUAUUUGCGAAUGCCUCCAUUAGGUCCUCAUGACACGUCACAAAAGUACGGAGGUAGCAGCGGCGUGCACCAUGGUUUACAGCCCAGGCUUCCUUUCUCAGCUCAAGGGAAUAGUUCGCCAUUCCCUGACCUUGGCUCCUCCUUCCGGGGUCCUGACCAUCGUCUCCCGUUCCUACCUCCUAGCCACGAGCCCCAUAGAUCAAAUACUCUCCCUUCCCCUCGUUCAUCCCAUUUGAACUCCAUUCUGCCGCCACAGAGUCAUUUUAGUUCAGGUAACCAGUGGGACUCCGGACGGGAAAGAUCUAGUUGGCCAACGACUACGAGCGAUCGUUCCACGACGAGAACGUCAUUCUCCUCUAGUUCUUCCGCAACACCACCCUUAACCGGGAACAGCUGGUCCCCGCCUCCGACCGCUUCCUCUGCAACUCAGGGCUCCGCCUCGAAUUCUACCUCUACCUCGAAUGACUUUCCCUCCUUUCCCACGUUGAACUCUCCCUUUUACCCUUCUUCCGGAAAUCAUCCCCCGUCCUCUGCACCUUUUUCUUCCUCCCCUUCUCAGUCUUCGUCGCAUCUUCCUCCGGACUCGUCUUCUGACCGACAUAGUAGUUAUCAGUCCCACCAUAGGAAUUCCUAUCCGUCUUCCAGUCCAAGGGGUUCUCAUUCCCAAUCAUAUCAGCGAGGAGGCGACUUACCACGAGCUCUCCCAUCGAUCACCAGUUCCUUCAGCAACGGAAGUGUUAGCGAUCCUCUUGCAGAUUUCGGUAAUUGGCGGCCGUCCAGCGGGCAUGGGCUGGGGCAUUAAUAUUUGGUAGCGGAUCGAAAAGACUGCCAAGGGACUGUCUGUAUUACCAAACAAUUUAUAUCGCUAGGUUCAUUUAUCGGGCUUCUUGCGUUUCGCUUCUCUGUCCAUAAUUUUCUAUUUCUGUUGUCCUGUUUCGUCCUCGCUAUCGUGCUACACAUACCUAUCAAUUUAUAACCCGUACUGUAUAGUAUCGUAUUGAUUUGUGCUGUACAUAUUCACACUUUUCACACCCAAUUUAGACUUGCAGCAUUCAAAAGCUUCACUUGCGGUGUGCUUAUCUAUUCA